GAAGUUUAUUUUAUUCCGAAAAUCCACAAAUGCUGAAAUUAUUUUGCGGGAUGUUGGACAUUGAAAAUAAAAUUCAUGCUCAGGUGUUAAAUAAACUGAUGAAAUCUUCAGACCGCAGGUACAGCAAUGGAUGGCUUUUCCUAGUGUCACAUGAAGAUGUCUUCUUUGGUGGCUUAUGAAGAUUCAGAAUCAGAAGAGGAAUCUUUUGACCAAAGGGAGAAGAGAACAUCAGUUCUUGUCCAAACUCCGACAUGCGAGGGGAACCAAGAUGCCUCCACUUUGUUCUGUGACCAGACUGUUCUAGAGGCAAAAGGAAGCAGUUCUGCGUUGCAUUUUUACUCUCAUCCAUGUGAAAUUGGAGACAAGCAACAGACUCCUCUCUGCUUUCCAAGUUUCAGUGAUGGGUCCAGUUCAGGAAAAAGGCCGGCAGCUGUUUAUUCUGGUGUUAGACCCUAUGUCCCUAAGAGACAGAGACAAGUCCUUUCUGCAGAUCCAGCAGAUCCAAAGCACCCAUCAGAGCCAGUCGUAGGCCCUCAGACCCGCCAGAAUCGAAUUCUCUCAGAUCUGUCAGCAAGGCUGAAGCCGUAUCUCGAUGAGAAGCCCGGAGCAGCAGGAAUACCAAGGAAACUUCUGAUGAGCCUGGAAGGCCACCAUGGCCCAGUUAACACAGUGCAGUGGUGUCCUGUCCUCAGUCUCAGUCACCUGCUGCUGUCUGCCUCCAUGGACAAGACAUUCAAGGUGUGGGAUGGAGCAGAAAGCGGACGGUGCCUGAGGGCUUACACCUGCCACUCGGGAGCUGUGCGUGAUGCCUGUUGGACCCCCUGUGGGCGACAGCUCCUCUCCGGCUCAUUUGACAACACUGCUGCGAUCACCGACGUGGAGACCGGACAGCAGGCAGUGAAAGUGGACAACCAGUUUAAGGUGAUGUGUGUGGUUCUGCACCCGGACAGCCCAGAUGUGUUCCUGUGUGGCGGUUACAGUUCAGUGGUCAAAGCCUGGGACUCUCGCUGCUGCAAGGUGGUAAAAGUGUACAAAGCAGGAAUCCAGCAGACUUUGAAAAUCCUGUUUCUGAGAGGUGGACAGGAUUUCAUAACAAGUACUGACUGCGUUAGCAGAGACUCGGCAGACCGAACCCUCAUUGCCUGGGACUUCCAGACCACUGCUAAGGUUUCCAACCAGAUCUACCAUGAGCGUUACACGUGUCCGAGUCUGGCUCUCCAUCCACAGGAGGAGUCCUUUGUGGCCCAGACCAAUGGGAACUACAUUGCGCUAUUCUCAUCCCAGAAGCCCUACAGAAUGAACAAGAGGCGGCGAUUUGAAGGACAUAAGGUGGAGGGAUUUGCUGUACAAAGUGACAUUUCUCCGGAUGGAACGAUCCUGGCUUCAGGAAGCUCCACGGGUUUCGCUCACUUCUACGACUUUCACAACGCUCGAAUGCUACACUCCUUCCAGGCUCACAGCCAGCCGUGCCUGGGUGUUUCUCAGCAUCCCAUCCUACCCACAACAGUGGUCACCUGCGACUGGGCUGGUGAAAUCAAAAUCUGGCACUGAUGAGUGGGUAAAGAGUGGUAACUGGUGGGAGAACUGUCUGGCUGUAGACACAUGAACAGAAAAUUAAUGCUUCUCCAAAAAUACAGAUUGCAAAAAGUUUAAAUCAAACCAAUGAAGACCUUUUCUAAGAAAUAAAAAAAUAUUUAAAAUCCACAUUUUUCUACGUGUCACUUUUGGGUUCUCGUGUCUCCAAUGUGACAUUUUUUUCACACUAGCAGCGAAAACCAUCAGAGACCAAGAAAAAUCUAAAAAAAAAAAAAAAAGGUAGAUCAUCUG